GGUGCAUUGUGGGGAGGAAAGUCGUUGCCAUUCGACCUCUGCGGGGCCUGCGCGGACGCAGCGAGAACCCUGAAAUUCAUUAUGCGUUUAAAACCUUUAUUUAUUUCCGCAUAACCUAGAUACUCUCACCGGGAGGGCCAAAGCGGAGAAAAGGAACGACGACGGUCCAUCUCUUUCGGAAAAUACAUCGUUCAAAUAUAUUAUUUUGUCGGAGAGUGAUACUGUCGAGAAAGUGAAGAUUCUAAUAUAUAUUAAGAAAAAUGUCCGGUGAGAGAAACCGCAGGUCGCUGGCUUUCCGAGGAGGUGGAUUAGCUGGGUUUACGGGUUCCAGCGGUAUCGGUGGGGGGAACUGUAACAGCUGGGAGGCCCCGGCCUGUCAAGACCGACAUUUUAACGGGAACAGGCCGGAUCAAGAGGAGGACGGGGAUCUGGGGGCUAAAGGAUCAUCGCAGAAGAGAGUGGAGAGCGCUGGGUCUGUCAGCGAUAGCACGGAACCCGAGGCGGAGGAAGAAGAGGACCCGGAAGAGGGCAGCUGUGCAGCUGGGGACGGCGACGAUGGUGUCGCUUCGGUGGAAGGGGAGGACGGGUCCAGGGAGGGGAAUAGCUUGACAGAGGGGAACGGUCCCAGCAACGCUGACGGCCAGGAGUCGGGAAGCGGUUUGACUGGGGGCGAGCCUGGAUCCAGGAAAUCUGGAGUAGAGAUGAGACCGCAGACGUUGCUUCAGAAACACUCGUUAUUCCAUGCUUCGUGGUUGCAAGAAUUUCCAUGGUUAAAAUUUUGCCAGGAGACGGGACUUAUGUCCUGUUCUUGGUGUCACAACAUUGCCACUAAAAACAGCGACGAGCUUGUCAAAGGCAGUCGCAGCUACAAACGGGCCUUGCUGCUGAGACAUCACCUGUCUUCUGAGCACGGGAGAAAUGACCCCACCAAACAGGAGACAAUGAGGCCCUCAGGAAACACCAGCCCCUCCACUAACUGCUCAGAGGAAGACUACCGCAACAAGCCCAAUGAGAACUCCUACUGUUACCAGCUUCUCCAGGAGCUGGACAAGCAACGCAAAAGUGGCAUCCUCUGUGACGUCAACAUAGUCGUCUCGGGCCAGGUGUUCCGUGCACACAAGAACAUCCUGGUGGCGGGCAGCCGCUAUUUCAAAACCCUCUACUGUCUGACCAAGAGCGAGGACCAGGACCAGGCCACGGUCACACACCUGGAUGUUGCUGCUGUGCAGGGCUUCUCGGUUCUCCUCGACUUUCUCUACUCUGGGAAUCUGCUGCUCACAAGCCAAAAUGCGAUUGAGGUGAUGUCUGUUGCUAGUUACCUCCAGAUGACCGAGGUUGUACAUUCAUGUAGGGCUUUUAUAAAGGAUGCCCUGAAUAUCAGCAUCAAGCAGGAGGCUCCGGAUUCAGUGGUGGUGGACUACAACAAGAGGCAGAUGGUGUCCAAAGAGGGGCCGAGGGGCCUGGACCGCAAGCCGAGCAACUUCUGGGCCACAAGCAUCCUGUCAAAGCUGUCGAUCAAGGCCAGCAACAAUCAAGGAAAGGAAGCAAUGGAGGAAGAAGACGAAGGUGGCAGGGUGAAGGAGGAGACCAGCGAUAUAGAGGUGACAGUGGUUGGGGGUGCGGGCUGUGCCCUGGUGACCCCAGGAGCCUCUGGUAACUGGACCCACCACAACGACAACUCGUCUGAUUCAGCAGAGACCAAUGAAACGCGGUCGGCGAGUGGCCAGGUGCAGGUAUUCGUCUGGAACGAGCCAGCCACAGGUGGCGCUGCAGCAGCACCCGCAGCAAUAAAGCGAGAAGCACGGGAUGCUGCGGCAGGAAGCGGCCGGAGGAAAAAACAGACCACCACGCGGCGUUUUGUGUACAACUUUCCACCAGAGCCUGAAGAGGGAUUUGACGAGGGGAUGUUCAUCCAGCCCUCGGCCUCCUACCCCAGAGAGGACUUCUCCUCCCUCUCCGAAAAUGCUGAGCUGGCCAAUCAGAUCCAGUAUAGCAUCAUCCAGGACUUACAACAAGGGGAGUCCUGGGAGAAUGGCGAGUCCUCACAUCUAGCCCUCAAUAAGCUCAAGUGCCCCCACUGUAACUACAUCGCCAAGCACCGGCGCACGCUCAAGAGGCACCUGAUCAUCCACUCGGGCGUACGCUCCUUCAGCUGCGACAUCUGUGGCAAGCUGUUCACGCGCCGCGAGCACGUAAAGAGACAUUCCCUGGUGCACAAGAAGGACAAAAAAUACAAGUGCAUGGUGUGCAAGAAGAUCUUCAUGCUUGCAGCCAGCGUUGGUAUCCGCCACGGCUCGCGGCGCUACGGUGUGUGUGCGGACUGCGCUGACUCGCACCAGGCCACUCAGGAGGGCCUAGAGGCCAUGGAGGGCAUGGAGUUUCCUCGCGACGAAGACUUCGAAGGCGAGGAAGGGGAGGACCUGGAGGGGGAGGAGCCUAAUGACAACGACCAAUCAAAUUGGGGUGAGGGCAACGCUGGUGCUGCCCCGGAAGAGGACCUCAAACAAGCUUGAGAAACAAAACAAAAAAAAGUUGAUGUUUAAUAUAUAUGUAUACAAAAACUAGCUGGUAAACAAUCAACUCCAAAGUGCUAUCAAACCUUGAGGUUACUUAAUUGUGCAAGUAUAUGACAAAGAGGUGGAUUAAAAGAAAAAGCUUUCGUAGAGUGGAAACUCCAAGAUGUACAGAUUUUAUUAUUGUUAAAAUGUGUCCAACUCUGGGCCCAGAGCCCACAAGAGAAAGAUUCUAUCGACGAAUAAUAUGAUAAAUCAGGUUUUUGGUGAUGUAUUUUUUUAUUUCCUGUUUUUCGGGGGAGAGUUGGGCAGGGUGAUGAUGUAGUAGAGUUGGGAUAGGCCAAUCAACAAAAAAAAGCGAAAUGUUAAUUAUUUAAUUUAUGAAGAGAGGUUAUUAUGGUCUUAUCAAUAAUGGUUUUUUUUUUUUAUUUCUGUUUUUGUCUGCAAGCAGAGGCACAGUAAUGGCUGUUGCUUUCUACACAAUCUGAAAGUAUGUUGCUUGGUGCUUGUAGAAGUACACGGAAGAAGAGCAUUAUUGUCCACAGGAAGAUUUUUAACUUGCUCUGUAGAUCUUGUUUAGAUGCGCUAAAUAUUAUAUUAUUCUUUUCAAAUUUUAUUCUUUCCCUGCACAAAUCUUGGAACCAAAAAAUCUGUUUUGUGACUCUAAGGUAUCACAGCCAUAUUUAUGAUUAAUUUAAGAGGGCUGUGGUAUUGUGCCAAACAGACCGCACACCAAGAUUUAGCAGGAAGCAAAAACUACUGAAUACGCUUAAAAAAAAAAAAAA